AUGACCCGGAGAAAACGUCCGAAUGUCAGCGCGGGGGGCAGACCCGCCUCUAUCCCCAGUGCCCUUCUUCUGAGCGCGGUAUGGGGGCCCGGGCUGCGGGCGGAGGCUGCCCUGCCCGCUCGCUAUUUUUACGUGCAGGCCGUGGACGCCGACGGGCAGAGGUUCACUUCAUCACCGGGUGAAAAUGCCUUCCAGGUGAAGAUCACUGCUCCUGAUGAACAGUUCACUCGGGUUGGUGUGCAAGUAUUAGACAGGAAAGAUGGUUCCUUCCUUGUAAGGUAUAGGAUGUAUGCAAGCUACAAAAACCUGAAGAUAGAAGUCAAAACUGGAGAUAAACAUGUCGCAAAGUCUCCAUAUAUUUUAAAAGGACCUAUUUACCAUGAAAACUGUGACUGCCCUCAGGAGGAGAGCAGUGCAUGGCUGGAAGAGAUGAACUGCCCUCAAAUCAUUCCACAGAUUCAAAGAGACCUAGCAAAUUUUCCCGUAGUUGAUCCAGAUAAGAUUGCAGAAGAAAUUCCACAGAGGUUUGGACAAAGACAGAGUUUGUGUCACUACACCAUCAAAGAUAAUGAGGUUUAUAUAAAGACGUAUGGGGAACAUGUUGGCUUCAGAAUUUUCAUGGAUGCCAUACUGCUUUCUUUGACAAGAAAAGUGAAAAUGCCAGAUGUAGAAUUUUUUGUUAAUCUGGGAGACUGGCCUCUGGAGAAAAGGAAGUCCCCACAGAACCUGCACCCCAUCUUCUCAUGGUGUGGGUCCAGCGAGUCAAAAGACAUUGUCAUGCCAACAUAUGACUUAACAGACUCAGUUUUGGAGACUAUGGGACGAGUCAGUCUGGAUAUGAUGUCAGUUCAAGCAAAUACUGGCCCAUCAUGGGAAGACAAGAAUACCACAGCAUUCUGGAGAGGGCGUGACAGCCGCAAAGAGAGGCUUGAACUUGUAAAACUCAGCAGAAAAUAUCCAGAGAUCAUAGAUGCUGCUUUCACAAACUUCUUUUUUUUUAAACAUGAUGAAAGCCUCUAUGGCCCCAUUGUUAAGCACAUUUCAUUUUUUGAUUUUUUUAAGUAUAAAUAUCAAAUUAAUAUUGAUGGCACAGUGGCAGCAUACAGAUUGCCUUAUCUACUAGCAGGAAACAGUGUGGUGCUCAAGCAAGACUCCAUCUACUAUGAGCAUUUUUAUAACGAGCUGCAGCCAUGGAAACAUUAUAUUCCAUUUAAAGGUGACCUGAGUGAUCUACUAGAAAAACUUCAGUGGGCAAAAGAGCAUGAUGAAGAGGCAAAAAAUAUUGCAAAAUCUGGACAAGAAUUUGCAAGAAACAAUCUCAUGGGAGACCACAUUUUUUGUUACUAUUUCAAACUUUUCCAGGAAUAUGCCAGCUUGCAAGUGAGUGAGCCAAAAAUCAGAGAUGGGAUGGAGAAAGUGCAGCAGCCUGAUGAUGACCUUUUUCCAUGCACUUGCCACAGAAAAAAGGCCAAAGAUGAACUCUGACAGAAGGAAAUGAAAUAAUUUUUUUAAUAUUUACCUACAUUCAGACUGUCAUCUUAAGGAAAGAAGAAAAAUUUGGGUUAAAAUGCCAAUGCAUAAUGUCAGUGGAUAUUAUGAAGAUUACUGUAUCAUGAUCUACAUCUGGAAGAAAACCAAGCACCCCCUAUUUCCUUUUUUA